CGGAGCGAGCGGAGGCGGCUGUGAGGAGAGAGGCAUUUCCCCCGCUGCAAGGGACGCAGACGCCACGGCCCUGGGAAUUAGAGCUCUCGCCGCUGCAACCCUUUCCGCCGGGAUGGGACGCUAGGAUCGUUUUCCUUCUACUUCUCGCUCUUUUACAUUUUUCCUCUUUUUUUUUUUUUUUUUUUUUUUUUUUUUUUUUUGCCUUGCCGUUUCGCAUCAUUGCUCUGACCAAAAGAAAAAUCUCCCCCCCAACAUGGAGGCCCUUUGAUGCCUCCGCCAGCGGAGCCGGCUCCUCUCGCGGCUCUGGGAAGCCCUCCGGACCGUGCCCCGCUUCUCCGAGGGCCUCCCCCGGCGCUCGGCCCGGGCGCUGAGGGGGCUCCCCGUGGCCCGGCUCGCUCCGGUCCCGCGGCGCUGAGCCGGGAGCCCGCGCCCCGCCGGGCGGGAUGCCGCUGCGGCGGGCAGAAAGCCCCGCUGCCGCCUGACCGGGGGCUCUUCCUUCCGACGACGGGAACCUGAAUGUCACCCCGGCGGCGGCCGCCCGCGACGGAGGCGGCGCGGGACAUGCCCAGCGCGGCGUGAGGGGCGCAGCCGGCUCCUCGGGGCGAUUUUCAAUUUUUUUUUUUAAAUUUUUAUUUUUUUUUAAUUUAUUUCGCCCCCCCCCUCCCCCAGCUCAACCCCAAAGCACACCCCAAAGCACACCCCCGGCACAGCGCAGCGCCGAGCGGGACCGCGAAGAGUGAGCGCUGCUCGGCGGGGAGCGCGGAAGACGAGGCGGGGAGCGGCCCCCCCGGCCUUACCCGGGUUAAUCGGUAACGCUGUGCAAACCCAGGUGGAAAAUGCGCCGUGCUCCGGACUAGGAGGGACGAGAUGGUGCAGUGCCCCCGGCCGCUCUGAGCGCCUAGCGGAGAAGACGCUGGGGUGUGUGUGCAUGUGGUUUGGGGCUUGGGGGUUUUUUGUUAUUUUUGCUUUUGCUUCCCCCUCUCCUUUUUUUUUUUUUUUUUUUCUUCCCAGAAGGAAAGAAAACCCUACCAAGAUUCUCAGAUGGCUUAGAAAAAUUAAUAAUAAUCUGUGAAAAGAUGAAGUCGACCAGUUCUUGAUUUCCCCCCUUCCCUCCCCUCCAGCUCCCCAGCCCACUGCUGAGAUUGAGAUAAAAGGACCCGUUUCCUGGAGGACGAGGAGAACAGACACGUUUCUGGUGGUGUAGAAGGGACCGAUGGCAAUGCUUCAGAGUGUAGCGGAGACAGAGGAAAAAGAUUCAACCUGUUAACAAAAAAUUAAGCAGGGGGAAAAUACCAACGGGAAGGAAAGAUAUAUCUAUAUAUAUAUAUAGAUAUAUAUAUAUAUACACAUAUAUAUACAAUUUAGAAGUAUUCCCCAGGUGGCCACAAAGCAUGGGCUGUGCUCCAAGCAUCCACAUCUCUGACAGCAGAGUGGUCUAUCACAGUAGCAAAGAGUCUGAGGAGUGCAAUUCCCCUCACCAGACCAACACAACCAUGUCUCAACAGCAGCAAGGCAACCCAGUCCCAGGAUUAUUCAUUAAAUCCUCCAACACAUCCACUUAUAAGGUGAGGACUAAUUCCUCUAAGAAAGACAAGAGGGAGAACAGCCAGAGCAUGGAGGCAGAGACCCAGACCAGCAGAUCCAGUGUUAAGGCACCAGUAACAGAUGUUCAGUUUGGCCCUAUGAGACUUCAUCAAAAUCAACUUCAGGUACUUUUAGUGUUUGCCAAAGAAGAUAACCAGAGUAACGGGUUCUGUUGGGCAUGUGAGAAAGCUGGAUUUCGAUGUAAUAUUGCCAGGACACCUGAGUCUGCAUUAGAAUGUUUUCUUGAUAAACACCAUGACAUUAUCAUUAUUGACCAUAGACAUUCCAGAUACUUUGAUGCAGAAGCAUUAUGCAGGUCUAUCAGAACAACGAAACCCUCAGAAAAUACAGUCAUUAUUGGUGUAGUACGAAGGCAUGCUGAUCGUGAAGAGUCAUCAAUAUUGCCCCUGAUCUCUGCUGGCUUCACAAGGAGAUAUAUAGAAAAUUCUAAUAUAAUGGCCUGCUACAAUGAGUUGAUUCAGCUGGAAUUUGGAGAGGUGCAGGCACAAUUCAAACUAAGGGCAUGUAAUUCAUUAUUUACAGCAUUAGAGAAAAGUCAAGAAGCCGUUGAGAUCACAAGUGAAGACCAUGUAAUACAGUACGUCAAUCCUGCUUUUGAAACAAUGAUGGGCUAUCAAAUAGAUGAACUAAUAGGAAAGGAAUUAACAGAAGUGCCUAUAAAUGAAAAAAAAGCUGAUUUCCUAGAUACUAUUAAUUCCUGCAUAAAGAUAGGAAAGGAAUGGCAAGGAAUGUACUAUGCGAAAAAGAAAAAUGGAGAUAGCAUACAACAAAAUGUGAAGAUACUACCUGUUGUCGGACAGGGAGGAAAGAUUAGACACUAUGUGUCAAUUAGUAGACUGUGCAAUGACAACAAUAAGGCGGAGAAGACAUGUGAACGUGUUCAGGCUGAAUCUCAGACAGAUAUUCAGACUUGCAGACACAAAGACAGAAGGAAAGGAUCACUAGAUGUCAGAUCCACAACAUCACGAGGAAGUGAUGGCAGCUCACAAAGGCGGCACUCUUCUAUGGCCAGGAUACAUUCCAUGACUAUUGAAGCACCCAUCACCAAGGUAAUAAACAUCAUCAAUGCUGCACAGGAAAGCAGUCCCAUGCCAGUUGCAGAAGCUUUAGACCGAGUUUUGGAGAUUUUAAGAACCACUGAAUUGUACUCUCCACAACUGGGGACAAAAGAUGAGGAUCCACAUACAAGUGACCUUGUCGGAGGAUUAAUGACAGAUGGUUUACGAAGAUUAUCAGGGAAUGAAUACAUAUUGUCAGCAAAACAAUCUCAUCAGGUCGUUGGCAGUUUGAUCUCUCCAAUCUCCCUCAAUGACAUACCCCCACAGAUAACACAGGCAAUGGAAAAUGAAGAACACUGGGAUUUUGAUAUCUUUGAACUUGAGGCUGCCACCCAUAAAAGGCCUUUGGUUUAUCUGGGUCUCAAAAUAUUUGCUCGCUUUGGAAUCUGUGAAUUCCUAAACUGUUCAGAAUCAACUCUGAGGUCAUGGUUACAAGUUAUUGAAGCUAACUACCAUUCCUCCAACUCCUACCAUAAUUCUACUCAUUCAGCAGAUGUACUACAUGCCACUGCUUAUUUCUUGUCUAAAGAAAGAGUAAAGCAAACUUUGGAUCCUAUUGAUGAGGUUGCCGCACUCAUUGCUGCCACAGUCCAUGAUGUGGAUCACCCAGGAAGAACAAAUUCUUUCCUGUGCAAUGCUGGCAGUGAGCUAGCAAUUCUCUACAAUGACACUGCAGUGCUGGAGAGCCAUCAUGCUGCCCUGGCUUUCCAGCUCACCACCCGGGAUGACAAAUGCAAUAUAUUUAAAAACAUGGAGAGGAAUGAGUAUCGAACCCUUCGCCAAGCCAUUAUUGACAUGGUCUUAGCAACAGAAAUGACAAAGCACUUUGAGCAUGUCAACAAGUUUGUCAACAGCAUUAAUAAACCCUUGGCAGCGCUAGAAGAAAAUGGGAAUAAUGGUGAUGGAGAGUCAAUCAAAAGUGUUCUCACGUCUCCUGAAAACCGUAUUCUUAUCAAACGCAUGUUGAUAAAGUGUGCUGACAUUUCCAAUCCAUGCAGACCCAUAGAGCAGUGUAUAGAGUGGGCUGGACGCAUCUCUGAGGAGUACUUUGCACAGACUGAUGAAGAAAAGAGGCAAGGUUUACCUGUUGUGAUGCCAGUUUUUGACAGAAAUACCUGCAGCAUCCCCAAAUCCCAAAUAUCAUUCAUUGAUUACUUCAUUACUGAUAUGUUUGAUGCCUGGGAUGCAUUUGCAGACCUGCCAAAUUUGAUGCAGCAUCUGGAUAAUAACUUUAAAUACUGGAAAGGGCUAGAUGAAAGGAAGCUGCGGAGCCUUCGACCACCACCAGAAUAGCAAUUAGACCAUGGUGUGUAAUUUACUAACCAGAUGAAUAUUUAUUCAAGCUCACUUUUAUUCAUGUGAUUUGAGAUUUGUUUUGGUCUCUUCAGUAUUACAGUAAGGCUAGCCCAUGCGCUUGGGGAACUUUCAAAUUCAAGAGAACAUGAGGUCAGCAGUUGACUUCCACAAACUACCAUGUGUGGACUCCAAUGAAAUAAGCCUACCAAGUGGAAUUACACUGGAUUGCUGCAGUACUUGUACUGAAGAGGGUUUAUUAGUGAACAUUUUUUUGUGAUAUCUUCCUUACCAGUAUGUGAAGGUGGAAGACCUUGAAGAAUCCUCAUAAAAAGGACAUUCACUAGAAGAUUUUGCUUAAUCCUCAAUCCUGCAAGUGAAAAAAAAAUAUCUAUUAAUAGAGACUCACAGCUUUUAUGAGAAAGCUACAUGCUUUUUAUAAGCACUUAAGACAGUUAUGUAGAACAAUCAGACAUUCAAAAUGCAACUCUCUAAGAAGGAAUUUUUGAUCUAUGAAAAAUAGAUGUACUCUAUUUUUUCACAUCACAGAAGGUGCAAUCAUUCACUUCUGAGCACUACUGAAAGUGAGUUCUCUUUAAGAAAUUUAGUAGCAAAUGUAAAAAAUAACAAGAAUUUUUGAGGUUGAUCGUUAGCAUCUAUGAUUAAAAUGAUACGUUUUAUUUAUUUUGUUAGAUGUUCAAUAUUUUCUAUGAAUUUAUAAAUACUUAAAAGCCAAAGCCAACUUUAGAUGCAUUACAAAUUUACAUGAUUCAUACUCAUUAAUAUACAUUUAUUUGAUGUACAGACCUUUUAUUUUCAUAAUGCAAAUACAAAAUACUAUACAAUGAUACAUUUUUAUUGCACUGUAAGGAUAGAUGUGUAUGUUUAAAUAUUGUCUGAUUUAUGUUAAUUAAAAUAAGUUUUAUUGAAAAGGUCUCACUUGAGAAUAGUAGAAUAAACAAGAAAUGUAUCCUGUCUGAGCACCAGAACUGCAGUAGUUCUCCCACAAACCAGUUACAACCAUCUGAUCUUCCCUUGGCUACAAAAAUAUUAUGUUGGAAUUUUUUGUUUCUCCCAUGAAAUUUUAUGACUGAAUUCCUUGUCAAAGUCUGCCUUAUUUUAUAUAGUAUUUCUACCAAGCAUUCCACAGCAUAUAUGAAGAGGUAAUACUAAACAUCUAAUGAAUUUCAACAUUUUAUAGCCUAUGUAUUUUCUUCUGCCAUGAAGGAAACAGAACAUAAAACCACCAACAAAAACCUUUAACUCAAGAAGUUUGUAAAGGCUGUGUACCUUCACAAUUUGAAUGAAACCUUCAUAGCAAACACCAGAAAAUAAUAAAAUGUAUAUUUUAAGAAGUGUCAAAGUCCUAGCCAUUUCAUUUGAAUCAUAUAUUUACUUUGUAGUUUGCAGACUAACAGAUACAUGAAAUUCUUUUAAAAAUAACUAAGAUACUUGCUGUCUGGGAAAGGGAAGAGUUGAGGGGGUUGGACUGGUAUAAGCAUGAUGAAAGGUGGUAUACAGCUGUGAAGCCCCUGCAUUUCUGGCCUGUCCUUGCCAAGCCCAUCAAACCUUUGUGUGCCCUUGAACAAGUCUCUUCACAGCUAAAAGCAGUGCCACGCUGUAUUCCACUUGAAGGACUAGAAGAGUAUCCUGUCAGCCUGCCCACCAGGCAGAAAGGCACUCCAAAAGCACUGAAGGAAUCGCUGACUAUUGUCAGUGCAGAGGCAAUUGACUUUAGAGACAUUCUGAACCAUUCCUGAAGAAGCACAAGCAUGGGAAAGAUGGCUGAUGGAGCAGCAGUAGGAACCUUAAAGCAGGCUCCUGUGCCUAGUUCAAGGAAAAGCUACUCUGGCUCCAUUAGAGGGAAGCUGCAUCACACCAUCAAUAUCUCCUCCACUUACCUGCUGCAAUGAGGAUAAGAGAGGAAAAGUAACAGCAUAUGGGCCCAGACAAUGUCUGCAGGAAGGGGAUCCCUAGGUGCUUUACAAGAAGACCCACUGAGCCCUUUUGCAGAGAUUCUGGGCAGAGCUCCCGAGAAGCCAGAAAUCCAUCCUCCCUCCCCAUUUUGUCCUGACCUCAGUGAGACUUGCGGGAGUGUCGAAUGCCAUCGGCGUGUGCACACAGAGUCCCAGCGCCUGUCCCCAGCAGUGGGUGGUGCCAGCUAUUUCAGAUGCUGUUUACCGAUCAAGCACUUGUUGUCGGAAGGAGCCAGGCAAGACAAGCAGGUGUUGCACAAGAUGCUGGCGUUUGGGAGCGGGCUGCGAAAGGCAACAAGUGAGCUACAGACAGACAUCGCUGGAAAAAAAAACAUUCCUUUGCCCGGCCGAGGGUCAGGCCCGUGGGUCCCUUUGUUCCUGGUUCCAGGACUGGGUGAGGAGGGAUGCUGGACCUGCUGAAGGAUCACGGUAACCAGUUUGGAAGCUGUGACUGUCUGUUUAGCCAUAGCUGGUUUGUAUAGUGCUGUUGCUGCCUUAGCUGUCCUGUACCAUGCCUAGGAAUGACAGCUGAGUUGUAUUCUGCUGAGCAGGCAGCUGCCUACUCAGCCAUCAGACCUGCACUCCAACAGAUUCACCAAGCUGGCAACAUAAUGAUGGAGCUCUUUGGUACCCGUGGAGUCCCACUCACAGGGUGUCUGAGCACCUUGCAUUUGGCUCAGAAAAUCUGUCCUUGCAGCAGUCAUGUGAAAGAGUUAUGAAGUCCCAGGGACUCCCAGGGCAGUUCACCAGUUGAAAAAUAUUUUGCAUUGGGUUCUUGUAUCAUCUAAGGUGAAUGGCUAAUCCUGGUGCCAAGAUACAGGUAUGGUUUAAACACUUGAGGUGAAAGCUGUUGGUGGGAAGCAGUGGGACUGUUCACAACAGAACAUCUGCUUUCAUCAGAAUCAUGGGGUUCACCAGCAGUCUUGGGGUACUAAAUGCUUUGUUGAGAGCUUCAGACAUCCUCAUACCUCUGCUCUGAUACUUGGGUGUUUUUCAGAUAUCCACUUAGAGAGUGUGGCUCUCAGUUUUGGGCAGACAAAAGAUAAAACAUCUUCCAGUGGGUGGAAGUUGGACCCUGAAUCAAGGCAUACAUUUUUUUAAGCAAAGAAUGGUGCUUUCUCACCACUUCAUUCCCUGGCUGAGGAGCUGCACACUUUAGCUGCUGUCCUCUGGUGUGGCCUUGCCAAUGUCAGCAGGGCUCACACAGCUGCCUCCUGCCCUCUGCGUUGGCAGUGCUUGCUGACCAAGUCACCCAUUUCUGGUGGACACAAGUGCUCGCUGCAAGACAGAGCAACUGAAAGUCUGGCCUGCCUUACAGGAGGUCUGGCAAAGUGACUAUUAACAAUCCUUUCUGCCCUGGAAAUCUCUGAAUUCCUAGUAGACUAAGAAAUGACCCUGUACUUACAUAGGUCAGUGUCACUAAACCCAUUUUCUCUUGAUGCGUGCAAAACAAAUAGGUAUUCAAGAGAAGAUGGUACUAAUCACUGCCGUAGGGACAUGUUCAGCUCCUGGUUUUGUGGUUUCUGCAAAGCCUGAUUCGAGGAGGCUUUUUAAGCUGUUUGAGGGAAGAACAGACAAGCUUUUGGCACAUGGUUCCACAUCAGAUCUCUUCAGCUUUGCCAGGCUGUGUUUAUUUGUAGAGACCCUGCAUAUUGUAGAGGCCGCCACCUGUUCCUGACUAUCCCUGAUAAUGGAAGCUUGAACGAAUGAUUUUUUUUAAAUGAACGUGCAAUAAAUCCGUGGAAAAGC